AUGGUCGACGACGAGGAUAGCGGCCCCGCAGCCCAGACGCGCAACAAGUCCAAGUUAAAGUACAUGGACCAGCUCCAAGAGGUUGCCAAUCGCAUGCGCGACGAGAUUCAAAUAGACCUCAACGACGUCGAGGCGUACGAGAAAGCUUUAGACGACGAGCAAAACCUUAGGCUGGUCGAGUCCAUCGAGCGGAACGCCCAUCACUACAUUGACAUAUUUUCGCGCGCCGUGGACAAGUGCCUUCCAGAGCCCACCAGAGAGCUGAGCUUCAAGGACGAUGUGCUGGACGUGAUCAUGACACAGCGCUCCAAGCGCAAUGAAAGGAUGCAAGAGCUACAGGGUGUCGAUGAUGCCGAACAAGCUGCUCCGGAGUCAAUAUUUCCCCCAGCCUUGACGCGACGCUACACGCUCAACUUCAAGCCCAGAGUGCCCUCGGGUUCCAGCAGCCAGCGUAGUCUCAAGGCGCUCGCCGUACGAAACGUCCGUGGAGAGCACCUCGGCCACCUCAUCACAGUCCGCGGUAUCGCAACGAGGGUCUCCGACGUUAAGCCUGCGGUGCUUGUCAAUGCCUACUCGUGUGACCGCUGUGGUAGUGAAGUUUUCCAGCCGGUGACGACCAAGCAGUUCACUCCGCUUGUUGAAUGCCCUUCAGAAGAGUGCAAGAGCAAUAAGACCAAGGGCCAGCUGUUCCUGUCUACCCGCGCUUCGAAAUUCCUCCCCUUCCAGGAAGUCAAGAUUCAGGAAAUGGCCGAUCAAGUGCCAGUCGGCCACAUUCCCAGGCAGCUCACCAUCCACUGCCAUGGCGCUCUGGUCCGCCAGAUUAACCCUGGAGAUGUCAUUGACUGCACUGGCAUUUUCCUCCCCACGCCUUACACUGGCUUCAAGGCGAUUCGCGCUGGUCUUCUUACCGAUACCUAUCUCGAGGCUCAGUACGUCUUACAGCACAAGAAGGCCUAUGACGACAUUGUGCUUGCUCAGCCAACCCUGCGAAGAAUGAACGAGCUCGAGAGGACCGGUCAGCUGUACGAGUACCUGUCGCGAUCCAUUGCGCCCGAAAUCUUUGGCCAUGUUGAUGUCAAGAAGGCACUUCUGCUCCAGCUCAUUGGCGGUGUCACAAAGGAGGUGGGAGACGGUAUGCGCAUCCGUGGUGAUAUCAACGUCUGCCUGAUGGGUGAUCCUGGUGUGGCCAAAUCCCAAUUGCUCAAGUACAUUACCAAGGUUGCGCCUCGUGGUGUCUACACGACUGGUCGCGGUAGCAGUGGCGUUGGUCUGACCGCAGCUGUUAUGCGUGAUCCAGUAACAGAUGAAAUGGUUCUCGAAGGAGGUGCUCUUGUUCUUGCCGACAACGGAAUGUGCUGUAUUGAUGAAUUUGACAAGAUGGAUGACAGCGACCGAACAGCCAUACACGAAGUCAUGGAACAGCAGACCAUCUCUAUCAGCAAGGCCGGCAUCACCACCACACUCAACGCCCGCACAUCGAUUCUGGCAGCCGCCAAUCCACUGUACGGUCGCUACAAUCCCCGCUUGUCGCCCAUUGAGAACAUCAACCUCCCCGCCGCUCUUCUGUCCCGUUUCGACGUUCUGUUCCUCAUCCUCGAUACCCCUACGCGUGACUCAGACGAAGAGCUUGCUCGCCACGUUACGCAUGUCCACAUGCACAACGCCCAUCCCGAAGCUCCAGGAGGCAUCGUCUUCAGCCCUGCAGAAGUUCGACAGUGGGUUGCCCGUGCCAGGUCCUAUCGACCGACUGUACCCAAGGAGGUUGCCGACUACAUGGUUGGCGCCUAUGUGCGCAUGCGGCAACAACAAAAGCGCGAUGAUGGCAAUAAGAAGGCCUUCACGCACACCUCGCCGCGUACGCUCUUGGGUGUGCUUCGCCUGGCCCAGGCUCUGGCGCGUCUACGAUUUGCUGAUGAGGUCAUCUCAGAAGACGUCGACGAGGCUCUCCGCCUCACAGAGGUCAGUAAGGCCAGUCUUUACGCCGACGAGAACCGCAGGGAUGAUCAUACCCCGAGCAGCAAGAUCUACCACCUCAUCAAGUCCAUGGAGGCGAGCGGUGCUGCGGCCGUUGGCGAUGGCACCAGGGGUGAACUUGACCUCCGCAGAGUCAGGGAGAGAGUCCUGGCCAAGGGUUUUACUGCCGAUCAGUUUGAGUCGGCUAUUGAUGAAUAUGCUAUGCUUGAUGUCUGGCAAACGACUGGAGAAGGAACACGACUUGUUUUUAUCGAGGCUGGCAUGGAAGACGAGGAUAUGGAUGCCGACAAUGACUUCUAG